AAGCAGUGGGGUCCUUAAACCAGCCAUUACGUUUACCGUCUUCAAGUUGACAGGUUUAGCGGGUCGGGAGAAUGGCUGGCCGUCGCGCAGCACUCAAGGCCAUUGAUUGGCUGGCAUUCGCCGAGCGCAUCCCACCGAACCAGAGGGGCAUGUUCAACUCCCUGAAGACCAGGAGCGAUGCCAUCUCUGCCAAGUUAGCUUCUCUGCCUGAAGCUCCUGCUGCUGUCGACUGGGCCUACUACAAGAGUGUGGUGGCCAAAGCAGGCAUGGUGGAUGAGUUUGAGAAGAAGUUCAGUGCUCUGAAGGUUCCUGAGCCAGUAGAUACUCAGACCAGCGCCAUCAAUGCACAGGAGGCAGAGGCAAACAAAAAUGCUGUUGCCUACAUUGAGGCUUCCAAAGCCCGCAUUGCUAGUUACGAGAAAGAGCUGGAAAAGUUCAAGAGCAUGAUUCCCUUCGAUCAGAUGACCAUCGAGGACCUGAACGCUGCGUUCCCAGAGACCACCCUGGACAAGGCCAAGCACCCAUACUGGCCACACAAGCCUAUUGCUGAGCUGUAGUGUCCAUAAAUAAACAUGUACAGUCUGUAACCAUUA